AUGGACCUCAAGGAGAGCCCCAGCGAGGGCAGCCUGCAGCCCUCCAGCCUCCAGAUCUUUGCCAACACCUCCACCCUGCACGGCAUCCGCCACAUCUUCGUGUACGGCCCCCUGACCAUCCGGCGCGUGCUCUGGGCCGUGGCCUUCGUGUGCUCGCUGGGCCUGCUGCUGGUGGAGAGCUCCGAGAGGGUGUCCUACUACUUCUCCUACCAGCACGUCACCAAGGUGGACGAGGUGGUGGCCCAGAGCCUGGUCUUCCCGGCCGUGACCCUCUGCAACCUCAACGGCUUCCGCUUCUCCAGGCUCACCACCAACGACCUGUACCACGCCGGGGAGCUGCUGGCCCUGCUCGACGUGAACCUGCAGAUCCCGGACCCGCACCUGGCGGACCCCACCGUGCUGGAGGCCCUGCGGCAGAAGGCCAACUUCAAGCACUACCGGCCCAAGCAGUUCAGCAUGCUGGAGUUCCUGCACCGCGUGGGCCACGACCUCAAGGACAUGAUGCUCUACUGCAAGUUCAAAGGGCAGGAGUGUGGCCACCAGGACUUCACCACGGUGUUUACAAAAUAUGGGAAGUGUUACAUGUUUAACUCAGGCGAGGAUGGCAAACCUCUGCUCACCACGGUCAAGGGGGGGACAGGCAACGGGCUGGAGAUCAUGCUGGACAUUCAGCAGGAUGAGUACCUGCCCAUCUGGGGAGAGACAGAGGAAACGACGUUUGAAGCAGGAGUGAAAGUUCAGAUCCACAGUCAGUCUGAGCCGCCUUUCAUCCAAGAGCUGGGCUUUGGGGUGGCACCAGGGUUCCAGACGUUCGUGGCCACGCAGGAGCAAAGGCUUACAUACCUGCCGCCUCCGUGGGGUGAGUGCCGAUCCUCAGAGAUGGGACUCGACUUCUUUCCUGUUUACAGCAUCACCGCCUGUAGGAUCGACUGUGAGACCCGCUACAUCGUGGAAAAUUGCAACUGCCGCAUGGUACACAUGCCAGGGGACGCGCCUUUCUGUACCCCCGAGCAGCACAAGGAGUGUGCAGAGCCUGCGCUGGGUCUGCUGGCGGAAAAGGACAGCAGUUACUGUCUCUGCAGGACACCCUGCAACCUGACCCGCUACAACAAGGAGCUCUCCAUGGUGAAGAUCCCCAGCAAGACGUCCGCCAAGUACCUCGAGAAGAAGUUUAACAAAUCAGAAAAAUAUAUCUCAGAGAACAUCCUUGUCCUGGAUAUAUUUUUUGAAGCUCUCAAUUACGAGACAAUUGAACAAAAGAAGGCGUAUGAAGUUGCUGCCUUACUUGGUGACAUUGGUGGCCAGAUGGGGUUGUUCAUUGGUGCUAGUAUCCUCACAAUACUAGAGCUCUUUGAUUACAUUUAUGAGCUGAUCAAAGAGAAGCUAUUAGACCUGCUGGGCAAAGAAGAGGACGAAGGGAGCCAUGAUGAGAACGUGAGCACCUGUGAGACGAUGCCAAACCACUCCGAAACCAUCAGCCACACUGUGACUGUGCCCCUGCAGACGGCCCUGGGGACCUUGGAGGAGAUCGCCUGCUGA